GCAGACGAAUGUCGUCACCGCGGCGCGCCCAGGGGGCGCCGGCGCAGAGCCAGGCUGUUGCCAGAAGGAUUCCUUGGCUCCUUUUUCUCUCCGCGUUUUCCCCACCCCUAAAAGGCUGACUCCAAACCCAGAGUUCCGCCACGCUCGACAGAAGGGUUUAACCGCGUGAGCGGCGCAGCGGGGAGAGGCUUAGGCGGCGGCAACCGCUGAUUGGCAGCAACGGGGUUCACUCCCUAUCGCCUGCUCGAACUGAACAAGCCCAGCCAAUCGGAGCGAGGACUAACAGGAACGACCCAAUCCUAGAGCUGGGCUGAGGGCGGGGGCGGGGACAGUGGCCCAGGAGGACUUGGCACUGGAGCGGUCCUCGGGGAGCUGGUUUGUGGAUGCUGCUGAUACUCUUGCUGCAGUAGUACUGAGUGGUCGUCAGGCAGAGCACCCUCUCUUUGAGGGGAAUCAUGAGCCGCUUCCUGAACGUGUUACGAAGCUGGCUGGUUAUGGUGUCCAUCAUAGCCAUGGGAAACACGCUCCAGAGCUUCCGAGACCACACCUUUCUCUAUGAAAAGCUCUACACUGGCAAGCCAAACCUUGUGAAUGGCCUCCAAGCCCGGACCUUUGGGAUCUGGACCCUGCUCUCAUCAGUGAUUCGCUGCCUCUGUGCCAUUGACAUCCACAACAAAACACUCUAUCACAUCACACUGUGGACAUUCCUGCUCGCCCUGGGACACUUCCUCUCGGAGUUGUUCGUCUUUGGAACGGCCGCUCCCACAGUUGGUGUGCUGGCACCCCUGAUGGUAGCAAGUCUCUCAAUCCUGGGUAUGCUGGUUGGGCUCCGGUAUCUAGAGGCAGAACCAGUAUCCAGACAGAAGAAGAGAAACUGAGACCAGCCUUGCCACCUCCAAAACGUCAUCGUCUUCCACCUCCGCCGGUCCUCCUUCAUCCUGCGCCCUUGGAUCAUUUCUUUGGGGCUGUGUCCUUAGCUCCUUCAUCUAGGUUCAGCAUCAUUAAGCUUUUGAGUCUUUGUGUUUGUUUUUUUUAAUGUUUUUAAAUUUUUAAAACAUUCAUACAGAAAAAUUAUGUAACACGUAUGUAUAAUUUAGAGUCGUUUAAGAAAUAUUCUGUUACUCCAUCAACGUCAAGAAAUCCUCAGAAGCCCCCCGCCUCCCCCCACCCCCCACCUGCCCCACGUGCCCUCUCCUCCCCCAGCCGGAUCCAACCCCCAGGCUCCCUUCUCCAGUCCUUCACUCUUUCAUCUCCUCUCCAUUCCCUGAUUGGGCUCGUGUGGCGGGAACGUGAGAACUGUGAAACUCAAGCUGCUGCCAGCCCAGAGCAGCAGCAACCAAGGGCUGCUUCAAAGGGGUUGUCCACACGUGCUGGGCUCCUUUCUGCUGCUGGACCCAAGACUCGGACCCAGCCAAGGGACAGGGCAGUUCUUCCAAGAAGGGCUGCCCUCGGUGUGGGCAGGACCAGGCUUCUCUUCUGUCUUCCGGGGGAUAAAGGAUGGAAGAGUCUGGGCUGUUUUUAGACCUUUUGGUCAGUGGUAUUUGUGUAAUGCAUUUUAUAAUAAACAGAAAAACCGUCUAUUCUGAUCAGC